AUGGCGACAGUACAGGAAAUUGCAGAAAUCAAAGCAACAAUUACACAACUGUACACAGAAGUCAAUAGACAAAGUACAGAAAACGAAAUCUUAAAAACAGAAAUUAAAAAUCUCAGAGCUGGACAAAGUAUGUUCCAAGCUGUAACUACAACCGCUGUACUAAAAGCAGAGACACCGAGCUAUAAGAAACCUGAGGACAUAAAUCUUACAGUAUUCUCAGCAAUACCUGUGUUUAACGGAAAUUCACAAGAAUACAGGCCAUGGAGGCAGAUGGUAUUCAACCUUAUGGAGGAAAUAAAACAAUUUUCCGGUACACCACAGUAUUACCAUGCUCUAACUAUAGUUAGAACAAAUAUCCAAGGUGAAGCAGCACAUAUACUAACAAACCAGAACACAAUCAUGAAUUUCCAAGCAAUUGUAAACAGAUUGGACUAUACAUACGCAGAUAGCCGUCCACUAUAUGUACUUCAAGAAGAACUUCGUCGAAUUCGACAAGGCAAACUCACAUUGUCGGAAUACUACGAUCAAAUAAAUAAUGCACUCAAUCUUAUUUUAUCAAAAAUAACGAUGACAUCAUCAUCAGAAGGCAGAAAUAUACAAGAACACCUAGCAAUGGAAGAAGCUGUUCGUAUAUUUACAGCAAACCUAAACUCCAGUUUUACGAAAGCAACUCUAUAUAGCAAUCAACCACCAACCAUAGAAAGAGCAUAUGCUAUAGCGCUUACUAUACAGCACGACAACAUGUCUCACGCAGCAGAUGUAAAUAUAAGACGUGAUAAUCCUCAACAUAAUCACCCACACAGACGCGAUCAACCACAUAUUCGGCAAAAUUACGUACAACAAGAUUAUGUACCAGAACAAAGGAGGUUCAGACCAAAUUAUCAGGCACAACCCCAGCGAUAUGUGACGCCUAAUCACCCGAGAGCCAUGGAGACGGAUAAUUCAACUUUUAACCAAAGAAAUCCAUUCAGACAACAGUCGCAGAGAAAUUUCCAGCCGCAGUACCAACGUCAGAAUAAUAAUUAUCAACAACAACAGGCACCAAAUCCAUCGUUUCCAGCUAUAAAACGAGAACGGGAAGAUUCAGGAAAAAAUCAUAAGUUCCAGAGAGUAAACCAACUCGACACACAUAAAAUAGAGGAUGAUUUAGUAAGUAAAUUAAAUGAUUUCGAUUUAAUAUUAGGAGAAUCAGGUCUCAGACAAAUAAAAGCUAAAAUCAAUUUAUUUGAAUAUAAAUUAGAGUAUGAACAAAAGUUAGAACAAGCAGUUAAUUAUACUAACGAUUCAGAAUUUUAUAAAGAAAACAUAGAUAAAUUAAUGCAGAGAAAUGAAGAUUUAAACGAGACAUUGCCCUUUACUACGACUAUAGAAGCAACUAUACGUACUACAGAUAAUGAACCGAUAUGGACUAAACAAUACCCAUAUCCCUAUUCAGACAAUGAAUUUGUCAAUAAAGAAGUAGAAAAACUACUUAAAGAUGGAAUCAUACAGAAAAGUAGAUCUCCAUAUAAUUCUCCGAUAUGGACAGUUCCAAAGAAAGGAAUCGAUGAAAACGGGAGGCCUAAACGGCGUAUGGUAAUUGAUUUCCAGAAGUUAAAUUCUCGAACGAUUACGGAUCGAUAUCCUAUUCCAGACGUGAAUAUGACCAUUCAGAAUUUAGGAAAAGCAAAGAUUUUCUCAACUAUUGACUUAGAGUCUGGCUUCCACCAAAUAAAAAUAAAGGAAUCAGAUCGAGAAAAAACAGCUUUUGCUGUAAAUGGGGCAAAAUAUGAAUUCAUACGUAUGCCAUUUGGGUUAAAAAAUGCUCCGUCAAUAUUCCAACGUUGUGUUGAUGAUAUAUUACGAGAGUGGGCAAAUCAAGCAGAAAAGAUUAAUAGUGCAAUUAAGGCGAAUCAAAAGAUUUUCCAGAAACAUUUUUGUGUUGCUGUUCUUUGGGAGAAUGCCCUAAAAUAA